AUGGUCAAGGGAAUUCUGAAACAUAAGACGCCGGAGGCCGAGGUUGCCCCCAACCCUGAAAUCGACCGACAGAAGGUCCUGGAAAACACACGAGCGAACGCCCAGUUGUAUAGCCAAAACUCGGAAAAAAUCAGACGAGCUAGCACGGGCAAGGUCCGAGUCGACGAGGCGUCGUCGGGCACCACGGAGUUCCCUUCCAACGUCAAUGGCCCCAACGGAGGUCAGCCCAGCGACAUUUCGUGGGACGAGGCUGGAAUCUACCUCCAUGAGCAGGAUAAGGGAACAUACAUGAAGAUUGACGAGCCCAAGACUCCGUAUGCCGGCACUCUGGGAGACAACGAGUACUACGCUGAGGACGAUGAAGAGGCGACGGGAUUUUCUCUUGGAGAGCCCGAGUUUGACGAAGACGGAACACUGGAGAAGGAACGAAUCAUCAAGGACUCCUCGGUGGAGGAAGACGACGACGACCACGAGAUUGACGAGCGGGAACAGCUGAGAGAAGAGGAUCAACAGCAACAUGAAGAGUUUCUCAAGAAACGAAACCAGCACUACAACAUGAAGAUUGACUUGGCGGCUGCACGAAAGCUUGCCGAGCAGGAGGACGACGAAGACGAUGAGUGA